AAUAUGUAUUCGUAUAUCUUAUAAACUUAUUAAAUAAAGAACACCGCCUUUACCAAAUAAGUGAAGCCUCUUCCUACUUUCCUAUUCUGAGCUUAACUUAAGUAGCUAAUUAUUUCACCUUUUAAGACACUUACAUCUGAUCUAAUUAUGAAUAUUGAUUUUGGUGACGUUGGCUAAAUACUUCUUGUGAAGUAUAAAAGGUGAGGCAUGUCUCUAAACGCCGAGUAGCCUCCACUGCCUCGGCAAUCCUGCCACGCCACGCACCACGAGAUUGGUUAGCUACAAUAAAGACUGGAGUAGUUCGUUAAACGAUUUUCUUCAGUAUUUUGUAAUAACCAUUCUCAACACAAGCUUCAUCCCCCUUCAAUAAUUGUAUUUCAGAAUUUACCUUUCGUGAAACAAGUAGAGAUGUCGAUAUCUAUGGACGCCGGUCCAGGCUUCGCAGCCCUACAGUCAUGGAGCAGCCAAGUGGCAGCAUUUGGAAACUCCAACCAAACCGUGGUGGACAGAGUUUCGCCAGAAAUGUUACAUUUGAUCGACGCUUACUGGUAUCAAUUUCCGCCCAUGAAUCCCUUAUGGCAUGCGCUAUUGGGUUUUACCAUUGGAGUCCUCGGUUUCAUUUCAAUGAUGGGCAACGGUAUGGUCAUUUACAUCUUCAUGACAACAAAGAAUCUGAAAACACCAUCGAACUUACUCGUAGUGAACUUAGCAUUUUCUGAUUUCCUAAUGAUGUGUGCCAUGUCUCCAGCUAUGGUAAUUAAUUGUUACAAUGAAACUUGGGUUUUCGGACCAUUCGCGUGUGAGCUAUACGGUUGCGCUGGAUCGCUAUUUGGGUGUGCUUCAAUUUGGACGAUGACAAUGAUCGCUUUCGACCGCUAUAAUGUUAUUGUGAAGGGAAUUGCGGCAAAACCAAUGACAAACAACGGAGCUCUUCUACGAAUUCUCGGAAUCUGGGCCUUCUCGUUGGCAUGGACAGUGGCACCUUUCUUCGGUUGGAACAGAUACGUACCUGAAGGUAAUAUGACUGCAUGCGGUACUGACUACCUGACCAAAGAUUGGUUUAGCCGAAGCUACAUCGUUGUCUAUUCCGUUUUUGUUUACUUUGCCCCGUUGCUUCUGAUCGUCUACUCUUAUUACUACAUUGUACAGGCUGUGUCUGCUCACGAAAAAGCAAUGAGGGAACAAGCGAAGAAAAUGAACGUGGCAUCUCUUAGAUCGUCGGAAGCUGCUAACACUAGCACUGAAUGUAAGCUAGCUAAGGUGGCACUUAUGACAAUUUCUCUGUGGUUCAUGGCCUGGACACCUUACUUAGUCAUCAACUACACAGGAAUAUUGGAAAGCGCUCCAAUCAGUCCUUUGGCUACUAUCUGGGGCUCACUCUUUGCCAAAGCUAAUGCUGUAUAUAAUCCGAUUGUAUAUGGUAUCAGCCACCCUAAAUACCAAGCUGCUCUGUACAAAAGAUUCCCAGUGCUUCAAUGCCACUCAACGACUACCGAUGAGGCCAGCUCUGUAGCUUCAGGCACUACUGUCAUGGAAGAGAAACCGACAGCAUAAGACGUCUACCUACUUCGUUUUUAUGUCACAUUUAAAUUAACUUAAAACCUUUUUGUAUAUACUGUUCGUAUUAUUUAACGAUAUAACAUAAAUGCUUCAAGUCAACAAAUUCAUAUUGUGCAUGUUAUUAUAUAAUGUUAAGAUGAGGCUGCUCCUCCUAAAUUUAAAAUUAAUUGAUUUAUUCACUUCGACAUGGCUGUGUGUAAUGGAAAAAUGAAUUAUAUCAUAAUUAAUCUAAAUAAAGCAAUGUGGAAUUCAACCACGUAAA